AUGUCGCGAGCCAUUCGGGGCGGCUCUGGUGGGUUCGGCUGCCCUAGAGUGAUAAGUUCGGCUUCAGACACGCCUCAGCGCCAGCAGCGAGUCGGAGCUCUAUGGAGGUGGCGGCGAGUAUCGGGUGGUGGCUGCAGCAGCGACUCUUCUGAGCUGUUUCAAGCCGGUUCCGACUCCUUCCUCCCCCUUCCCUCCCCCUUUUUUGUUUUCCGUUCCCCUUCCCCCUCCCUUCCCCGUCCCCGACGACCGGAUCCUGAGGAGGCAGCUGCGGUGGCAGCUGCUGAGUUCUCGGUGAAGAUUCUUCGUUGUCAAGCCGCCAAAGUGGAGAGUGCGAUCGCAGAAGGGGGUGCUUCUCGUUUCAGUGCUUCUUCGGGCGGAGGAGGAAGUAGGGGUGCACCUCAGCACUAUCCCAAGACUGCUGGCAACAGCGAGUUCCUGGGGAAAACCCCAGGGCAAAACGCUCAGAAAUGGAUUCCUGCACGAAGCACUAGACGAGAUGACAACUCCGCAGCAAACAACUCCGCAAAUGAAAAAGAACGACAUGAUGCAAUCUUCAGGAAAGUAAGAGGCAUAUUAAAUAAGCUUACUCCUGAGAAGUUUGACAAGCUAUGCCUUGAGCUCCUCAAUGUGGGUGUAGAGUCUAAACUCAUCCUUAAAGGGGUCAUACUGCUGAUUGUGGACAAAGCCCUAGAAGAGCCAAAGUAUAGCUCACUGUAUGCUCAGCUAUGUCUGCGAUUGGCAGAAGAUGCACCAAACUUUGAUGGCCCAGCAGCAGAGGGUCAACCAGGACAGAAGCAAAGCACAACAUUCAGACGCCUCCUAAUUUCCAAAUUACAAGAUGAAUUUGAAAACCGAACCAGAAAUGUUGAUGUCUAUGAUAAGCGUGAAAAUCCCCUCCUCCCUGAGGAGGAGGAACAGAGAGCUAUUGCCAAGAUCAAGAUGUUGGGGAACAUCAAAUUCAUUGGAGAACUUGGAAAGCUUGAUCUUAUUCAUGAAUCUAUCCUUCAUAAGUGCAUCAAAACACUUUUGGAAAAAAAGAAGAGAGUCCAACUCAAAGAUAUGGGAGAGGAUUUGGAGUGCCUCUGUCAGAUAAUGAGGACAGUGGGACCUAGGUUAGACCAUGAACGAGCCAAGUCCUUAAUGGAUCAGUACUUUGCCCGAAUGUGCUCCUUGAUGUUAAGUAAGGAAUUGCCGGCGAGGAUUCGUUUCCUGCUGCAGGAUACCGUAGAGUUGCGAGAACACCAUUGGGUUCCUCGCAAAGCUUUUCUUGACAAUGGACCAAAGACGAUCAAUCAAAUCCGUCAAGAUGCUGUAAAAGAUCUAGGAGUGUUUAUUCCUGCUCCUAUGGCUCAAGGAAUGAGAAGUGACUUCUUUCUGGAGGGACCGUUUAUGCCACCCAGGAUGAAAAUGGAUAGGGACCCACUUGGAGGACUUGCUGAUAUGUUUGGACAAAUGCCAGGAAGCGGAAUUGGUACUGGUCCAGGAGUUAUCCAGGAUAGAUUUUCACCCACCAUGGGGCGCCAUCGUUCAAAUCAGCUCUUCAAUGGCCAUGGGGGACACAUCAUGCCUCCCACACAGUCGCAGUUUGGGGAGAUGGGAGGCAAGUUUAUGAAAAGCCAGGGGCUAAGCCAGCUCUACCAUAACCAGAGUCAGGGACUCUUAUCCCAGCUGCAAGGACAGUCGAAGGAUAUGCCACCUCGGUUUUCUAAGAAAGGACAGCUUAAUGCAGAUGAGAUUAGCUUGAGGCCUGCUCAGUCUUUCCUAAUGAAUAAAAACCAAGUGCCAAAGCUUCAGCCCCAGAUAACUAUGAUUCCUCCUAGUGCACAACCACCACGCACUCAAACGCCACCUCUGGGACAGACACCUCAGCUUGGUCUCAAAACUAAUCCACCACUUAUCCAGGAAAAGCCUGCCAAGACCAGUAAAAAGCCACCACCAUCAAAGGAAGAACUGCUUAAACUAACCGAAACUGUUGUAACUGAAUACCUGAAUAGUGGAAAUGCAAAUGAAGCUGUCAAUGGUGUAAGAGAGAUGAGAGCUCCUAAACACUUCCUUCCUGAGAUGUUAAGCAAAGUAAUCAUCCUGUCACUGGACAGAAGUGAUGAAGAUAAAGAAAAAGCAAGUUCUUUGAUCAGUUUACUCAAACAGGAAGGGAUAGCCACAAGUGACAACUUCAUGCAGGCUUUCCUGAAUGUAUUGGACCAGUGCCCCAAACUGGAGGUUGACAUCCCCUUGGUGAAAUCAUAUUUAGCACAGUUUGCAGCUCGUGCUAUCAUUUCGGAGCUGGUGAGCAUUUCAGAACUAGCUCAACCACUGGAAAGUGGCACCCAUUUUCCUCUCUUCUUACUUUGUCUUCAGCAAUUAGCUAAAUUACAAGAUCGAGAAUGGUUAACAGAGCUUUUCCAACAAAGCAAGGUCAAUAUGCAGAAAAUGCUCCCAGAAAUUGAUCAAAAUAAGGACCGCAUGUUGGAGAUCUUGGAAGGAAAGGGACUGAGUUUCUUAUUCCCACUUCUCAAAUUGGAGAAGGAACUGUUAAAGCAAAUAAAGUUGGAUCCAUCCCCUCAAACCAUAUAUAAAUGGAUUAAAGAUAACAUCUCUCCCAAACUUCAUGUAGAUAAAGGAUUUGUGAACAUCUUAAUGACUAGCUUCUUACAGUACAUUUCUAGUGAAGUAAACCCACCCAGUGAUGAAACAGAUUCUUCCUCUGCUCCUUCCAAAGAACAGUUAGAGCAGGAAAAACAACUGCUUCUUUCCUUCAAGCCAGUAAUGCAGAAAUUCCUUCAUGAUCAUGUUGAUCUACAAGUUAGUGCCCUCUAUGCUCUUCAGGUGCACUGCUACAACAGCAACUUCCCAAAAGGCAUGUUACUCCGCUUUUUUGUUCACUUCUAUGACAUGGAAAUUAUUGAAGAAGAAGCUUUCUUGGCUUGGAAAGAAGAUAUAACCCAAGAGUUUCCAGGGAAAGGCAAGGCUUUGUUCCAGGUGAAUCAGUGGCUAACCUGGCUAGAAACUGCUGAAGAAGAAGAAUCAGAGGAAGAAGCUGACUAAAAGAACCAGCCAAAGCCUUAAAUUGUGCAAAACAUACUGUUGCUAUGAUGUAACUGCAUUUGACCUAACCACUGCGAAAAUUCAUUCCGCUGUAAUGUUUUCACAAUAUUUAAAAGCAGAAGCACGUCAGUUAGGAUUUCCUUCUGCAUAAGGUUUUUUUGUAGUGUAAUGUCUUAAUCAUAGUCUACCAUCAAAUAUUUUAGGAGUAUCUUUAAUGUUUAGAUAGUAUAUUAGCAGCAUGCAAUAAUUACAUCAUAAGUUCUCAAGCAGAGGCAGUCUAUUGCAAGGACCUUCUUUGCUGCCAGUUAUCAUAGGCUGUUUUAAGUUAGAAAACUGAAUAGCAACACUGAAUACUGUAGAAAUGCACUUUGCUCAGUAAUACUUGAGUUGUUGCAAUAUUUGAUUAUCCAUUUGGUUGUUACAGAAAAAUUCUUAACUGUAAUUGAUGGUUGUUGCCGUAAUAGUAUAUUGCCUGUAUUUCUACCUCUAGUAAUGGGCUUUAUGUGCUAGAUUUUAAUAUCCUUGAGCCUGGGCAAGUGCACAAGUCUUUUUAAAAGAAACAUGGUUUACUUGCACAAAACUGAUCAGUUUUGAGAGAUCGUAAAUGCCCUUGAAGUGGUCUUUGUGGGUGUGAAACAAAUGGUGAGAAUUUGAAUUGGUCCCUCUUAUUAUAGUAUUGAAAUUAAGUCUACUUAAUUUAUCAAGUCAUGUUCAUGCCCUGAUUUUAUAUACUUGUAUCUAUCAAUAAACAUUGUGAUACUUGA